UUAAUUAACACAGUCUUUAGCAUGUUGCUAUGAAGCUCAAGUGAUGAAAAUAGCUUUAACUGCCUUGCCCUCUGCCUUUAGUCCCAGGUUUCACUGAGGUGAAAUUGUCACUGGUAUGUGUCAUUUCUGUCACUGCUGUGAGCAGUUAGGCAAUUACAGUGAAUAUUUUACAAAACAGCUACACACAGCAGUUUCUUCUACAAGAACACAUGAUUUGAAAAUUUAUGUCUGAGCCUCUAAACUUGCUUUCAGGAAACCAAACAAGCAGGCAAACAGGUUAAGACUACAGAGUAUUCAAAGAAUGAACGCCCCUUCGCCGUGAAACAAUAAAAUGUGGAAUCACAAGUUUGACCUGAAAAGAGGUGGAGAAACCCCUGAUGGAGAGAUUGCAUAGAGGAGUAGGGGGGUAAACUAUCAGCCACAUUCCUCCCUUUCAUCUAACCCUCCACACUCCUCCCACUUGGCUGUGCGUGGCGGCUAUAUAACCAAGGAGACCGAAGUGAUGCUCUCAACUGCAGAUCAACUCCUGUGAUCCUACCUGGUCCUACCCUCCAACAUGUCAUUUAGCACCAGAUCCUUCGGCCAAAAGACCAUGAGCGUCUACGGUGGAGCAGGAGGUUAUGGCACCCGGAUCUCCACUUCCCAGUGCUAUGUCCCAGCUCCUGGAGGUUUCAACCUCGCCGAUGGGCUCGACCUCCACGUUGGGGCCAACGAGAAGGCCACCAUGCAGAACCUGAACGACCGGCUGGCCUCCUACCUGGAGAAGGUACGCACCCUGGAGAAGGAGAACGACCGCCUGGACAAGCAGAUCAGAGAUUGGUAUGCGAGCAGAACUGUGAUCUCUCAUGACUACAGCAGCUACUUCGUCACCAUCGAAGACCUGCAGGACAAGAUCCGUAUCGCCUCCAGGCGCAACGCCAAGACAGUCCUGGACAUUGACAACGCAAAACUGGCUGCUGAUGAUUUCAAAGUGAAGUAUGAGAACGAGCUGGCCAUGAGGCUGGCUGUGGAGGCCGACAUUGCCGGACUGAGGAGGUUGUUGGAUGAGAUCAACCUGGCCAGGAUGGACCUGGAGAGUCAGUACGAGUCCCUGAAGGAUGAGCUCAUCAUGCUCAAGAGGAACCACGAGGAGGAGAUGGCUCUGCUGAGGAGUCAGAUGGGCGGCCAGGUGAACGUGGCCGUGGACGCCUGCCCAUCUACAGACCUGAACCAGGUCAUGACAGAGAUCAGGGAUCACUAUGAGAGUGUGAUCUCCAAGAACCGCAAGGAACUUGAGUCGUGGUAUCAGAAUAAGAUUGCAGCAAUGGAGCAGGAAGUGCUCACAAACACAGAGAUCCUGGUGACAUCCCACACAGAGAUCAAGGAACUGAAGAGCACCCUCCAGAGGCUUCAGAUUGAACUGCAGUCGCACCUGAGCAUGAAAGCGUCUCUGGAGGGAACCCUGGCAGAGACUCAGGCACGUUACGCUGCACAGCUUGCAAACCUCCAGAACACGGUGACAAGCCUGGAGGCUCAGUUGUCCCAGAUUCACGCCAACAUCGCCAGCAACAAGCAGGAGUACGACAUACUGCUGGACCUCAAGACCCGGCUGGAGCUGGAGAUCGCAGAGUACAGGAGGCUGCUGGAUGGAGAGGAUGAGAGCUCAAAACAAGUGGUCACAAAGGUCAUCACAUUGGUGGAGACAGUUGUGGAUGGAAAAGUGGUUCAGAGCAGCAAGACUGUUGAUGUGGACGUGGAUGAGAUUGAGUGAAAAAUUGGGAGCAAAAACCAAUAAAGAUCAUGCAGUUCAA